CGUGCAUAACAGCAAAAACUCUCAAACUAAAAUUAAACUAACCUCGCAUAUGCCAAUUCCAAUGAAAACUCGUCACGUCAAAACAAAAUCGAGUUAAGAUAAAGAUAACCAAAAUAUGAGAUUGUAAAGUGGCCAAAGAGACAGUUCGAGAUGUAUUCGGCAGUAAUUAUUGCUGUCUUUUUAUAUAUCUGCAAUCUUAAAACGAGUCUUCAGAAUGACAUACAGGGCUUCGACGAUACUAUCGUCUUCGAUAUCGACUGGCCAGGGAAGUUGCCCGAGGAUUAUAAUUUAGCCAGCGGUGAGACCAUUUUGGUGACCUCGUCAAUGCAAGAGAAGUACAAGUGCGUGAUACCGAACCUGGUCGAGAAAAACACAUCACCGGAAGAGCCCUACUCAGGUCCUGGUCCAUUGGAAUUGAUAUCGCCGUUAAUUACACAGAAAUUGUGCUCGUUCAGACUGGAAAGUUACUGGGAUUAUGAGGUCUGCCACGGCCGCUACAUAAGACAGUACCAUGAGGAAAGGGAAGGGAAAAAGGUUAAGAUGCAGGAGUAUAUUUUGGGUAAAUGGGACGAGAAAUAUUUCGAGAAGAUGUUGGAGAUAGAGAAGAAGGAACGCGAUGACUUGAAAGACGAUGAGAAAGUGCCCACAAAAAAGAUAGAUAAUGUAAAUUUGCCAUACUUUGAAAUUACAAUGGAGAAUGGUACGGCCUGUGACUUGAACCAAAACAAACCCAGAGUUACCAAAGUCUUGUAUGUUUGUCAUGUGCAUGGCAAGCAUGAGAUUUACCUUUUUAAAGAAACUUCGACUUGCUUAUAUGAAAUCAUUAUUCUGACCCCUUACUUGUGCUCACAUCCAAAGUACAAGCCGAAAGACACGGGUGAACUUAAAAUAAACUGUUACCCAAUGGAUGGAGCAUAUGAUAAGCCCUAUAACCUUAUAAAACUGAAACAUGAUAGCGCCAAACUGCGUCCAAAUUUUGAUUUGGAUAACCUUAAAGUAGAACUGAUCCAAUUUGAUAAUAAUGAUGCAAUGAAAGGGCCUGAGGACUUGGCUCCCACUAGUUUUAAAAAAAUACAGAACAGCGAAGAUGCGUCGCCCGUUUUUGACUUUCUGAAAGGGGAGCAUUGUUUGUUUGGGGGUACCGGUUGGUGGAAAUUUGAGUUCUGUUAUGGCAAAUCUGUGACACAGUAUCACAUAGAAAAGGACGGCACCAAAACUUCCAUAAAUCUAGGCGUGUUUGAUGAGAAGAAACAUCUACAGUGGCUCAAAGAUCAUCCCCAUAAGAGGCCCAAACCAGUGGGACAAAGGAAGCAGCUGUCUCAUUUGUAUUCGGGGGGCAGUAUAUGUGAUAAAACUGGAAAGCCAAGACAAACCGAAGUGAAAUUAAAAUGCCUGGAAAAUCCAGCACAUCCCAGUAGUGUUUCCCUGUAUUUGUUGGAGCCAAAAUAUUGUGAAUACAUUUUGGGGGUGGAGUCUCCUAUAAUUUGCGAAAUUUUAGACAAUGCUGAUGAAAAUGGACUUGUUGCCAUUGCCGAAAGAGAUACAGACUUACAGUAAUUCUGUGAACUUGUGUUACGUUGUUUUAAUUUAUUAUCUAUUGUUUGAUUGCAUUGCAAAAAACUUUGUAAAUAAAACAUUAAAUUGAUUUGACUUACU